AUGUCCCAAAAAUCAAAAACAUUGUUGCACUUAUUGCAAUAGUAAUAACACUAUCAUGAUGAUAUCAAUACAUCUUUGGAAUCUAAUUAUAGACAUAGUUCAGAACAUACAGAAAAGAAAUUUGAUCUAAAACUUCAAAAAUCUGUUGUAGAACUAUUUUAAUAAAUAAAAAGCAGUGUACUAAAAACAGAAGAUCAAGUUUAAUUAUUAAUUAAUAAUUGAUAGUUACUAUUAUGUUAGAUAAGAAAGGUAGUACCUCUUGAUAAAAAAGAAGAUUUAUAUUCAGAUCCGAUUUGUUUAAUUUGUUAUAUUGGAUGCAUAUUUACAAUUGUUUUACAAAAUAAAGUAUUCUUAGAAUGAGAUUAGUUUAAUUUAGAAUAGCAGAUAGAAGAUUAUAACUAAAGAAACUAAAAUGAUUAUGAAGAAUAAUUGAUUAAAUUAGAAGCAGAGAUUCGUUAACAUAUACGAGUAUAAUACAUAAAAUAAAAAAGAUUGAACAAUAAUUAAAAUUAUUUGGUGAGAAUACUUAGUCAAAGUUGGAAGAUGCAUUAAAAAUAAAAGAAGAUUUAGAGGAAGAGUUAUAAACAGUUAAGAAUGAUCUUUAAGUAUCAAUUAUAGAUAAUAAGAUUCUAUAUGAAAAAAAUAACACAUUAAAUCAAAAGUUAAAGAUACAAGAUAAAGCUACAUAAAAUCUUAAAAUAAAUUCAAAUUUUGAUUUAAACUCUUAAAAUAACAAGUUUAGCUAACAGUGUAAUAAGUCUUCCCAAAGAAAAGACAAUAUAGAAAAUGAAUUUCCUAAGCAACAGUCUAUUUCAAUAAAUAUUUAAAAAGAAAAACCAAAAUAUACAGAUUAGGAAUAUGUAAAUUAGUUAAUAAUUAAUUAGGGAAAUCGAUUGUUUACAGAACCAUAAGAGGAGUAUAUUAAAAUUAGGAAUGGCUCUUAAAAAAGAAUUAACUCUAUUCAUAUUUUUAAUAAUCAUAAUAAGUCAAGUAAUUUAGCUUGUAGAGUGCAAACUGAAACUAAUGAAUUUUUGGAUAAAAAAAGAAAAAAUAAUUUAUCUCAUUAUGAAACCUCAUAAAUUGCCAUUAAACAUCAAAGAAAUUAGACAUCAUAAAAUGUUUUAAAUUUGAUAAGUAAAAUAUUUAAUAAUAAUUAAGAAGAUCAAGAAAUCAAACGAUAAUAAUUAACAAAGGGGUGCUCUGAAAAAUCUACAAUAAAUUCUAAUAAACCAAAUAAGAAGGUUUCUUCAUCUUAGCAUACUGAAGCAAAUAGAUCGAAUAAUUCUGUUCAUAGUUUUCGUAAAUAAACUCCAGAUGUAAUGCAAAUUCCAAGACCUUUUUCAUGUGCAGAAUAAAUUGAAGAAGGUUAAAAUUCAGUAAGUUUUUAUAUUCUAUAAAAUAGUUACGCAAAGAUUUAAGUGUAGAUUUAAAUGGGUAAUCGAAAUUAAAUGCGGAAUAUUUGGAAAAUCAAAUAUAAAUAAAGAAACUAUUACAAUAAUAUCAAAAUAAACAUUCUUUAAAUGAUACUCUGACGAAAAAAUUACUAUAAGAAUACAAAAAAAGAUCAGGAAUAAAUUGUAAGACUAUUUAUUGA